CCGCCGCGCUUUCCACCGUGAGGCGGAGGGGAGCGCGCCCGGUGCGGUUCGGGUGCCGCCUGUGCUGCCGCGCAGGAUGCCGGUGAAAGCGGAGGGGCUGUCGGGGACCGCCGAGGACGAGCUGCUGCUGCUGGGCCUGGCCUCGCCCGCCCCUUCGCCUUCGCUGCCGUCUAGCGCCGACGAGGAGGAGGAGGAAGAGGAGGAGGAAGAGGAGGAGGAGCCGCGGCCGGUGGUGGAGGAGGAAGAAGCGGCGGGCGGCCGCGGUGUGCGGCGGCGGGCGGAGGGCAAGCGGCGGCCGGGUCGGAGCCGCGGGACCCCUCGUACGGCGGAGACGGCGCAACGGCUGAAGCGGAGCCGUCGGCUGAAAGCCAACAACCGGGAGCGCAACCGGAUGCACAACCUGAACGCGGCGCUGGACGCCCUCCGCGACGUGCUGCCCACCUUCCCGGAGGACGCCAAGCUCACCAAGAUCGAGACCCUCCGCUUCGCGCACAACUACAUCUGGGCGCUCACCGAGACCCUGCGGCUGGCCGGGGCGCCGCCGGUGCUCCCGGGGGUGGCGGUGGCGGUGGGGGGAGCGGGCAGCCCCUCCUGGAGCGGCGGCACCGCCAGCCCCGCGCCCUCCGCCUCUCCCCGCGCCUGCACUUUAUCGCCCGCCAGCCCCGGAGGAUCCGCAUCGGAUGCCGAGCACUGGCCGCCGCCACCGGGACGCUUCCCCCCCACCACGGUGCCGCUGCCCCGCCGCUGCCUUUAGCCCUGUGCUCCCGGUCCCCGUUCCCACCAUCGGGAUGGCGGCAUCUGCGCCGCUUCCCACGGCUCCGGACCCGUCACCUGCCAAAACCAAACUUUGUCUUUUCCCCAUCCGAUGUGCACUUUGUCCAGCUCCCAAAUCUGUGACCGCGGCUUUCCACACACCCCCCUUCCUUCCCCUCUUCCCCUUCCACCAUCUGUCCCGUAGGAUUUAUCAUGGGGAGGGGGCGGGGGGGGAGGAGAGAAAGAGAGUUAAAACCCCCCACCACCCCUAAAUUGCUUUUUGUUAGAGCUCCGGGUUAGAAGUCAUUGUAUAAUUUGUAGGCUUUGUGAGGGCUGAAUGCAAGCGUGGAAAUUUAGGCUGAACUCUCUAUCAAAAAUUAAAUAGAGAACCCCCCCCCCCCGGGUGGGGGGAAUGGGAAUGGGGAGGGAGAACCUCCUCAUGCAUUAUUUAUUUCGACCUUUAAGGGGACAAGGAACUCCCCCCUUCUUUCAGGAGAUGAAAAAUAAAUCAACAGACUGAAAACCUCAACAGACACGGGACAUUACAGUGAUCAGCCGCACGCGUGUUCACGGUUUAUUUAUUAUAAAGGAAGAUUUCAUGGAAAAGAUGUAUUUUUUUUGUAUAAUUUACAGAGUUUAUUCCACUAUGUAUUUACAGCUGAAGAGCAAAGGGAUUGUUCUUGUGAUAAAAUAUAAAUAAAAAGCUCUA